AUGCCUCCAAACAUGAAGGGCUUGACCACGUUCAUUGUGGAUUUGCGUAAUUCCAAAGACACUGAGGAGGAAAAUAAACGUAUCAAUCUAGAGAUCAACAAUGUCCGCUCCAAGUUUUCCCUGUCCCUCAAUUCGUACCAGAAGAAGAAGUAUAUUUGCAAGCUUAUGUACAUUUACCUUUUGGGUUACACAGAAGAAGUGCAUUUUGGCUUAAAACAGGCAUUUACCUUGAUAUCGUCGUCUGACUAUGGUGAAAAGCAGCUUGGGUACUUGCUGGUCUCGAUCUUGUACAGCCGAUCGGCAUCGUCGCUCAAGACGCAUUUUGAAGACUUGAUCGAGCUAGUAUGGCCUAGCCUUAUGAGCGACUUGAGGUCAAACUCAGAAGAUGUGAAUUGCUUAGCAUUGCAAUUCAUUGCGUCCAAUUUCAAUGUUUCUCCUAAUGACGUCUUGUCACACGAUCUGAUCUUGACAAAUGCCGAUGAUCCCGCUUCUCAAUGGCAAGAGCUCAUGAGAAUGGUUUAUCAACAAUGUGUGUCGCCAUCCACAUCAGCUUUCACCAGAAAGAAGGCUGUGAUUGCACUCUAUGUUCUACUGAAGCUUUAUCCACUGUUGAUACUUGAUAACGACAACUGGAUACCUCGUCUACUCGCUUUAGUAGACGACAAGGAUGUGAGUGUUGUCUUGUCUGUGAUUCCAUUGGUGAAGCUUCUAGUGGACAUCAAACCCAUCUAUUCAAAAUCGCUCCUUCCAUCCAUUGCCACGCGCCUCUAUUCGCUUUUGGUCGAGGAGAACUGUCCAGCGGACUAUUAUUAUUACGAAAUCCCAGCCCCAUGGCUAAUUGUUAAAUUAUUUCAACUUGUUGAACAUUUCUUUGUCAUCGGAGAAGAUUCCAAAAACCCGGUGGUCAUCACUGGAAACAUAGACGAUCUGACACUUUCUAAACUCAGACAAUCUGUCGCCCGACUGAUUCAAAAUGCAUCCAAACCAGUGAAAGGACAACCAAGUCGAAAUUCACAAUCUUCCAUUUUAUUUCAAGCAGUCUCCUUGGCUGUUUUUCUCGAUGCGUCAUUAGACGCUAUUGAAGGGGCCAUCCACGCAUUAGUCCAACUAUUAGCUUCUCCUGAAACGAACAAUAGAUAUCUCGUCCUUGACGCUUUAGUCAAGCUAUCAGCAAGAGCAAGCUCCACUGCUCCAUUCAAGGACCACCUUGAAAAGAUCUAUCGCUCGUUAUAUGAUAAGGAUAUUUCAGUGAGAAAGAAGAGCAUCGAUCUACUUUACACCGUUUGCGAUGAAGCGACUUACUCACAGAUUAUUUCUAGAUUGCUCGAUUAUUUUCCUCUAGCUGAGUCUUCCUUGAAGUCCGACAUUUCCGUGAAAAUUGCUGUCUUAGCUGAGAGGUACGCCACGGAUUCAAUUUGGUAUAUUUCCACAAUGCUCAGACUUCUUGCCAUCGGCGGCAAGAGCGCUAAAACUGGUCAUAAUGAUGGCUUAGGGUCUUCAGGAGAAGUUUGGGAGAGAAUUGUCCAAAUCAUUGUCAAUAACGAGGAUCUCCAGAAAAAGGCAUGCAAGCUAAUCAUUAAUCUUUUGAGAAAAGGAGAUAGCAUGAAUGCUGAUAGUCUCGUCAGAGUUGCAACAUUGAUACUUGGCGAUUACGGCUAUUUAGCUGCAGAGGGAGAAGAACGGUCAAGUCAUUUCAGCAACUUCUCGCAAUUUGGCAUGCUAUAUGAAGCUUAUUUUAGAGCUCAAAUACCGACCAGACCCUUAUUGCUUUCAUUUUUUAUCAAGGUAUUGGUCAGAUUUCCUGACGAGGAUUUCGUCCCCGAUAUUCUUGACUUAUUUGAGGCCGAGACUCUUUCGCUCGACUUGGAAAUUCAGACUAGAGCGCAUGAAUACUUGAAAGUGGGCAGCCUCACUGUCAGCGGUGAUCAUAACGACAGGGUCUUCGCCAAAAGCAUUGUGAAGCCAUUGCCUCCGUUUGACGUAAAGCAGAAUAGCUUGAUGAAUCAUUUGGGAAGCUUACAGGUUCUUAAGAGUGCAAAGUCCAGGUCAACGGUCAAUGUGCUGAAGAUCCCUAAACCUAAGGGCGAUACGCGAAGUUCAAGGGUCCCAAUGGACAUUGAUAGUGACUUGAGUGAUGUUGAAGAUGGAGACAGUGAGAAUGGUAAUGAUCCAUUUGGCGAUUCUCCAACUACGUCGGUCAUGAAGCUAUCUCCAAACUGGUACAAUGGAUAUCAUAGAAUGCUUCACUAUGAUGCUGGUAUUUUUUACGAAGAUCAACUCAUCAAGAUAACAUAUAGAGUGAUCAAGGCAGCCGCAAAUGUUAGCUUUCAAUUCACCAUUAUCAAUAACGCCGCAAAAACGGCGAAUACUGAUAUUACAGCCUUUUCGGUGCUCGAAUUACAAUCUCAAUGCAAGCGGGAGGACCCGAGCUAUAUUGCCAAAUUGGUGAAGGUUCCAGAUUCGACCAUUGCCACGAAAACUACAAUGGAAGUUGCAGCUACCGUAAGAACUGUUGUUGAGAACAAUGAGAGCCCCAUCCUUUCGUUGAGUUACAGGUGCGGAGGAUCGUUCAACACUUUACAUCUUAAGGUACCAGUGGUGCUUUUGAAGACGCUAUCUGCAACGGACUUAGCACCUGAAGAGUUCAAGCGAAGAUGGUUUCAAAUUGGGGAAGCUUUGGGUAGUAAUGCAGGCGAGGCGAGAGGGGCAGUGAAGACAAAUCACAAGUAUGUUCUGUCAAACGUGCUGCGUACUCUUCAAAGAUUAGGGUUUGCCGUGGUCCACUGCACGCCGGAUUCGUCUACUCUGGAUAUUCUUGUCAUGGCAGCUGGAAUUUUGCACACAUCGAAUUCAAACUUUGGUGUACUUGUGUCUAUGAGAAGUUUAGAGGGAGAUGGUCGUCUUUUUGAUCUUACAGUCAGAUGUACUGGCGGUGGUGUAUCUGAUGUCAUAUACCGAAGUUUGGAGGAAGUCUUCGAUAUCAAGACGUAG